AUGAUGGCCUCUACAACACGACCAGGGCUCGUAUCCGCCCUUCGGGGCGUCUCUCGGCGCAUCACGAGCAGACAGUGCCGCUCACUCGAACACCAAUUCCGUCUACUCUCCAUCAGCACACCGUGCUCCUCCGAUAUGGCCCUCGAGCCCAUCAAACCCGGGUCUGCCGACAUCCAGGCCGCCCCCGAGAUCGAUCUGGUCGCUCUUGCGAAGAAGUACCGGCUUGCCGAGCAUGCCCGCACCGUCCCCGCUUCUCCGUCCUACUUCUCGAAAUCACCAAAGUUCAACGACGCUUUCGUUCGUGUUGAGGCUCUCUACCGGAAAUACGGCCACCUGCCCACCCUACCGCCGGCCGACGUCGAGCGGGUCGCCUGGAAGAGGCUAAAGGACGCCCGAACAGAUUUCAACGAGCGCGUCAAGGCGACCGACUACGUCAGGUGUCUGUUCAUCGUCAAAUCGUUACACUCGAUCCACCCGGACCUGAAGCCGGCCGAGGUGACGGAGGCGCUGCAGGUGUUCAAGCGCGACAUCCAGGGCUUCCUCAACAAGCCAAAGCCGGUGCCUAUCGACAAAUACGGGCGCGCCCUGGGCGUCGGCAAGAGGAAGGCGUCAACGGCGCGGGCCUACGUGCUGGAAGGUAACGGGGAGGUUCUGAUCAACGGCAAGACGCUGGCCGAGUAUUUCGGCCGGGUCCACGAUAGAGAGACGGCCAUCUGGCCGCUGACGGCGACCGACCGCAUUGACAAGUACAACGUGUGGGUGCGGGUCGAGGGCGGCGGUACGACGGGCCAGGCGGACGCCAUCAAGCUGGCGAUCGCGAAGGGUCUCUUGGCUCACGAGCCGGCUCUGAAGCCUGCAUUGAGGAGAGCCGGCUGCAUUACGCGCGACCCGAGAACGGUGGAAAGGAAGAAGCCCGGCCGCAAGAAGGCCAGAAAGGGCCUCACGUGGGUCAAAAGAUAG